GAUCAGAUGGCUGUGUUUCGUUUCUCGGCCUGGUUUUUGGCUCUAAUCGCCACCGUCAAUGGAGCUAAUAUUCUCGGAUUGUUCACUGGUCUGAGUCCAUCCCAUUUAAUAAUCCAACUGUCGAUGGCUCGGAUCUUAGCAGAGCGAGGACAUAAUAUGACAGUAGUGACCGUUCUGGAGCCGCCUUUCAGACACAAGGAAAUCAACUACGUCCUGGUUCCACUCGGAAAGGAAGAACUUCAGGGGUUCAGCGCACUUAUUGGAGAGAUUGCCAAGAAGGACAACAGCAACGUCGUUGGAUUUUUAAGUGGAAUUUUCAGUGCAUCCACCCAACUUUCCUCUAAGCUGAGUAGCGUCGUCAAGCAUCCUCUGUAUAAGGACUUGUAUGAGAACCAGAGUAACAAAUUCGAUCUGGUUAUUUUAGGAUACUUUAUAAACAGCUUUCAAAUGGCAUUGGCCCAUAAGCUGAAGGUGCCCCAAGUAUUGGCCAUAUCCAACCCACCCAGCUAUAUUAGUCACAAGCUCGGAAACCCCGCGGAGGUAUCCUAUGUGCCAUGCACCUACAUGGUUGAUGUGGAUGGGAUUAGAAGCCGUUUUCUAAACCUAUUUUAUUUCUUGGCAGAGAAGAUAUUUUGGUAUUCAUUGGAAUAUUGGAACGAAAUAAUCUACAGGCAGACAUACGGUGAUGACCCUGAUCUUCCGAGAUACGGCGACUUGGAUAAAAACAUUUCCCUUAUCUUCUUUGCAUCCCAUGGAGUAAGUGAGCGACCUAUCCGCCCCAACCUCCCCACUGUCAUUGAAAUCGGUGGGAUCCAGAUUAAGGAGACCCCUGAUCCACUGCCUCAGAACUUGGAACACUUUCUCAAGAACGCCACGGAUGGAGCCAUUCUGCUCAGCCUGGGCACCAACAUUAAGCGCUCACAUUUGAACCAAGAAACAGUGCAGGCCAUGUUCAAUGUCCUCUCUCAACUGAAGCAAAAGGUGAUUUGGAAGUGGGAUGACCUCGACAACUUGCCGGGCGAGUCGGAAAACAUUCUCUACGCCCACUGGCUCCCCCAAGGCGACAUCCUGGCUCAGCCUAAAAUCAAGUUGUUCAUCACCCACGCGGGGAAAGGAGGAAUUACGGAGGCUCAGUAUCACGGAAAACCCAUGCUGGCACUUCCAGUGUUUUUUGACCAGCCUCAGAAUGCAAAAGCCAUGGAGCAGAAGGGCUUCGGGAUAACUCAGAGCCUACUCACCCUAGACGAGCACUCCUUCGCCGAGGGCAUUCGUGAAGUCUUGGACAAUCCGAAGUAUGCCCAGGCCGUAAAGUCAUUUUCCAGUAUCUACCGCGAUCGACCACUGAGCGCACCGGACACUCUGAUAUACUGGGUGGACUACGUGAUACGACACCGUGGAGCUAAGCACUUGCAGUCUCCGGUGGUCCAUAUGAGCCUUAUAGCUGUCCACAAUUUGGAUGUGUAUGCCAUAAUUUUAGGGAUUAAUUUUGUGAUCUGGAUUAUAUUCAAAAUUGUGGUCAGUGGUAUAAUCCGUAAACUCAGAAGCAAGUCAAUGAAACCGAUGAAAUCAAAAAAGCCUAAAAUAAAAACCAAUUAG